AUGGGAUUGGGUUCUUGGUGUGUGUUUCUUGUCCUCCUGUACUUUUCUUGGAGUAGCGAAUGUCAUCAAGAGACGAAUGGAGAUCAAUACAGCUCGGAUAUAAGACUUCCAAGUGCUAGCAAAGAAGAUCAUGAUGAUGGCCAUAUGCAUAUGCAUAAUGUUGAUGAUCAUGGUCCAUCAUCAUCCUCACACACUCAUCUUGACCGUUCAACACUACAACAGUCGGUUUUCCUCAACAUCAAUGACAUAAAAGUGGGUUUAACAAAGCCCAUUUAUUUUCCAAAGAAGAAGAAAGCGUCUCCUCCAUUUCUGGGAAGACAAAUAUUAGGAGACCCUAACUCGAUUCCAUUCUCCUCAGAACAACUUCCCAACUUUCUUAGCCUAUUCUCAGUCCCUCAAGGCUCACCACAAGCCAAAGCAAUGGAGUCAACUCUCCACAUCUGUGAGUCUAACCCCAUAAAAGGGGAGACAAAGAUGUGUGCCACUUCUUUUGACUCCAUGCUUGAGUUCGUACGUGGCAUGUUCGGAUUGGACGGCUUGGGCCACGGGUUCACACAUCUCACAACAACCUUCUACAACGAUUCCAAUACCAUGUACCAAAACUACACCGUUUUGGAGGAUCUGAGAGAGAUACCAACACCCAAGAUGGUGGCAUGCCAUCUUAUGGAAUUCCCUUACGCUGUGUAUACCUGCCAUAGCAUGGCCAAGGACAGGAAGCUCUUCAAGAUGUCGUUGAGUGGCCAAAUGGGAGACACAGUUGAAACCAUUGUCGUUUGUCACAUGGACACCUCCGAGUGGAAUUCAGAUCAUAUUUCUUUCAAGGCCUUAGGGUUUGGGCCAGGGAUGGGACCUGUCUGUCAUUUCUUUCCUGAUCAGAAUAAUUUUGUAUGGCUUCCUUCCUCAAUUCCAAUCUAA